UUUUAUAUAGACUAGAUCUAAACUGCAUUUCUUCUGCUGUUGUCAAGGAGUAAAAGAUGUCGGACCAACCUAAACAUGGUCCUCCUCACGGGAUGGAAAAACAUGAUUUAGGUGGCGUAAAUGAUUUAGGAGCCCUCAGCCAGGCACAACAAGCGGAUCUGAACCAAUUUAAGAUAAAAACUAGAAUUGGGAAUGAAAAAUAUUUAAGAGAACAUCCUGAAGUUGAAUGUUUAAUUGCUGGGUUUUUGAGCGAUGUUCUUAUGAAACGUCCAGAAAGCAUUAGAGAAUUUGCUGCAGAAUAUUUCACCAAUCCCACACUUCCAGAUAAAGUAGAGAAACAGUUAGCCAGUCGAUUAGAAAAACUGAAACAAAACAGAGUAAUACAGAGUCUUACUUAGAUGAAAUCUGCAGUGUUUUCAUUUAACUCAAAAACAAGUAGUAAUGUUCAUAUGAUGAAACAUGCAUUUGAAGUUUUAUUUUGUUGUUUUACAAAUGAUUUCCCAGAAUUCUUUGUUGAUUUAUACUCAUACACAUUGACAAAAUAGGUAGUUAAUAUGUAGUUUUAGCUUUUCAUUUUUUAAGCUACAUAACCUGAAUCAUUUCAUCUGUACAGUUGAUGAAAUUAAAGACAUUCAAUGUGCAAACAGCAUGAUUUUCUUUGAUGACCUUUUAGUACUACUAGGUACAGUUGAAAAAUGUAUUAGUGCUUUUUGCGUCAUUGAAGGCUAAGAACCACUGCUGCUAGACAUUUUAACUAUUUUUUUUUUAAAAUUUAAUUGUGAUAUCACGUGAGACUUACAUUCAAAAACAGUAACUUACAUUUAUCUUUUUUUUUUUUUCCUGAUUUAUAUAUCUUUUCUUGAGAGAUUUUUUUUCUCAGAUUAACCUCGCCUCUAACUUUGUGAAGCUAUUAUGAAGUGUUGUGAUACUUUUUUUUAGUUUCAGUGUGAGAGAAAUACAUUUUGUUUUAGUUUGUGUUAUUUAAAAUGUGUAUAAGACUUUAAACUGUAUAUUUUAUUAGCCACUGAAUCUCAUUUAUCGCUUAUUGUAUAUUUUUUCUCAAUGUUGACAUCAAACAAAACUAAAUAUUAGUAAAACAAAUUGUUGUGACAUCAUAGCUAUUGUGUUUUGUUUUAGUAGCAAUAAUAUUGCUAUAUGUCCAUAUCAGUAUCGGAGGUUAGUGCAGCUUCUGUGACUAAUUUAAUUUAUACAAGUUUCUUUUUUAAUAAGACUCUGAAUAAAGUACAUUUGAUGCAUUUUA